AUGACGAACACCAGCCACAAGCAUUCGAACACCAACAAACCCAAAGUGACCUUCCCUGCGAACGUGGCACUGACAAUCGUGCGGCAAACCCGCGGGUCUGUGUUUGAAAUCCACGAGCACCAGGUGGAACAGAAUCGGCAACGGCAACAUAACAGACCAGAACGUCCGCAUGUGCGAGUGUGGCGAUGGGUCAAGGGGCAGCCUGAAGUCGCGAUUGGGCUCUGGCUCGGCUGGCUCGUCGGGUUUACAAUCUGUUUAGGGUACCGCGUCUACGUCGACAUGGGAGUGGAAGGUGCCGCCAAGUUUUGGAUGGACCAUGUGGCUGUGUUGGGAGUGUUGGCAGGCACCGAAUUGAUCUGCGUCGUCGUGUGGAUGGUGUUGAUCACGGGAGAACCCGGCCAAGUUGCAACCGCGGACAAGGAUCUCCCGGCGUUGCUGACCCAAGCUGCCAACGGAUACCCACCGCUAGACCAGUCGCAUUGCACGACAUGCGUGGUGGCAAAACCGAUUCGGUCCAAGCACUGUGCAUCGUGUGGUGUGUGCGUCGCUCGCAUGGACCACCACUGCGUUUGGAUCAACAAUUGUGUCGGCUUUCAGAACCACCGCUUGUUUGUCGCAUUUUUGAUCGUCCAUUUGGUCGUGUUGGGGCUCUACCUCGCUCUCUUCUCCCUCUAUCUGUCGUCGAAACACACGUAUCUUGAAGUGCACUUGCGCGACUCCCUGCCUGAAGUCACCAUCAUCUUCUGGACCGUCGUCAGCUGCAUGUUCGUCGCCAAGCUGUUGACGGAUCAACUCAACGGCAUCGCUCGUAAUAUCACCGUCAACGAAUCGAUCAACUGGAAAAGGUAUGCCUAUUUAAACACGACCCCCGACACCUCAAGCGCAGUGGCCAUGGCGAACCCGUUCGACCAUGGAUGGCAAGCAAAUGCAAGAGAGUUCUGGACGCGCUCCGUAAACUACAUGGCUCUCAUGCAUGUUCCAACUCCGAAGGCCCCCGACCAAACUAAAAUCAUCUCGUCCUAA